CUCAUCAUAAGGAAUCAGGUGCGGGCAUGCUUAUUGUCAUUGCCAUGCAUCUAUUUGAGCGGGAAGCUUUGGAUUUAUUCUGCACUUCGGCCAUAGAGGAGUUACUGUAACAGUCCGAGUCUUGGUACCUCGGACCUGUCCUUACAGGGACUCUAACCCCCAAUGGUGUGUGUGGAAAACUUAUACAGUGACCACAACACACACCAAGGUUCCAGAAGCACCUCUAUAUUACUUAAAUCUCAACAUUUAAUCUUAAUAAUAAAAUUUUAUGGUCUAC